AUGGUCGCCAACGGCGACGUCAAGACCAAGGUCUGCCUCAUGGCCAACUCGCUCGGCGCCCACGUCCUGGCGGGCAUCCUCAACAAGCCGCAGACUCUGCCGCACAAGAUCCACACCGUCUUCUUCGUGCAAGGCGCCAUCACGCGCGAAGUGUUCGCGGACACGAAGAAGUUUUGCGCCAUUAACAAUAACGUCGCCGGCCCCAUCAUAUGCACGCAUAGCGAGAGGGAUCUCCUGCUCAAGAACAUGUUCGGCGUGUUCUAUGGUUCGGCUAUCGGCCUGAGCGGCGUGGAGCGCGGCCAUUCUAUCCUCAUGAAGGGCUUGCGACAGGCCGGGGAGGAGCCGUACAGAUUCGCGUGCGGCGAGUGGACGAGCGUUAACGGGACUCAGUUUAUCGAUGAAGGUAACGCGAUCGCUGGCGGACAUGGAGACUUCAAGGAAGACGAAACCACGAGCUGCUACUGGGCUGCGAUCUGCACUGAAGUCGAAGAUUCUUGUUACGAUAUGUAAUUUGCGCGGAUAUGAGCAUAAGCGGUCAUUUGGACACGCGGUAGGAUGCACAUGAGGUCGUUACAGUAUAUCAAAAUUGCUUGUGUGGAUUGUUGGCGUGCGUGGGUGUGUGUGGUCUAUUGCAGAACCCCAGGAUGGAAGCAGUAAAAAGCGUCUGGAUGCAAA